AUGUACACUGAUUCACCCCCAAAGACGGUGCGAAUGGACAGUGCGCAUUCUCCGCCAAAAAAGGAGAAUGGCUACUUUCAAUGUGGUUUCUGUAAACGUCACUAUAACCGAGCUGAUCAUUUGAUACGCCAUGUUCGCUCGCAUACACGAGAAAAGCCAUAUGUCUGCGAUGUUUGCGACAAAGGGUUUGCGCGGCCAGAUUUGUUAAAACGCCAUGCGACAGGCCAUGCCAACGACCGAGACCGUAAACGAAAGCGAAGCUCGUCAGUCGCCAAACAGAGCAGGGUCUCCCAGGCGUGCAAAUCCUGUGCCACUUCAAAAUUAAAAUGCGACGAUGACAAGCCCUGUCGGCGAUGCCGCGAGCGCAACCAGCCCUGUGACUGGCAGGAUGUCUCGCAGGAUUCGUCACCAGAGCCUACACACCAGCGCAACAUCUUCGAUACGCCUGCGCAAAGCAAUGCGCGUAUGGAAUUGACUACUUCGCCUGCGGUGGCAUUCUCACCGAUGCCAACGCCUUUGGAGGAUUUCUCAGCGACCACUAUCUUGAUGACCCCGAGGCCUCUGCCAAACAACGUCCUGUCUCCAGAAAUGCCCCAGGGGGUAGACCAAAUGGCCCUUGAAACUGGAGUAUCACCUAACGACCACGAGAGUGGCAUCUUUAGUGUCGACGGCACAUUCUUCCCAAACUUCAUCCCCGACUCUCUGAUACCUUCUCUUGCCCGAUAUAAUGAUCCUGAUCCAUCGCAAAUGGCACCCGAAUAUGUCCAUUAUGGCGCUUCGGACAACCUUCACUUUGACUUCACCCUUACCGAUGGCGACUUCGGUCUGAUCGACUUCUACAACUCCCGGAGCCUGUUACCUAGCUUUCACAACCAGCAUGACGAAAUUUAUGAUACCGAUAGCGGGAUCGGAAUUGGUGCAGAGGCCUACCACCGCUCAUCACUUUCCGCGUGGAAACCUGCACCUGAGGAUCAUGCAUUUGAUGACCACGAAAACCUGUCUGUCCCGCAAGUGAUUAACAGCCCAGAAACAAACGUUACACCCGAAUGGCCACAUUUAUGUGAGCGGUUGACAUCUAGUAGCCGUGACUUGAUUCUGAGCUUGGUCUUGGAGGUGAGCCGAGAGGCCAACCUGAGUCGCAUCAUGAAGUCGUUUCCAAGCACAGAAUUGCUGGAUGGCUUAAUUCAGCAAUAUUUUGAGCUACAGAGACACACAAUUCAAACGUUUAUCCAUAUGCCAACAUUCCAAACGAAUAGCGAGGAUCCUGGUGUUCUUGCUGGCCUGGCUGCUGCUGGUGCUGUUUUUUCACCCAUUCCGACUAUCAGAAAACUUGGAUAUGCACUGAAUGAGAUUGUGAGACUGCAUCUUCCUGGAAAGUACGAACGAGAUAAUACGUUUACCCGUGAUCUGCGGACCUCACAAACCUAUGCCUUGACUAUUGACAUUGGAAUCUGGAGUGGUAACCGUCGAAAGACUGAAAUUGCAGAGAGCUUUUCACAGCCGCUCAUUACCAUGCUUCGUCGUGCUUUACGAUUUCGUCGCUCAGUCUACACUAAUAUUGUACCCCGUGCGGAGGACAAGGGGCCUGCUCUGGAGGCUAAGUGGCGGGAAUGGGUUGAACAAGAGUCCUACAAAAGGCUUGUUUACUCUCUCUUUAUGCAUGACUCCCAAACAGCAAUGUCUCUUAACGUCAAUCCAAUCAUAUCAUACGCAGAUAUGGAGCUUCCUUUGCCAGCAUCGCGCCAUUUAUGGGAGGCCAAGUCUGCCACCGAGUGGAAAGACCUCUUUGGCAGAGUGACUCCAGAACGGUUGCCAUCUCUGGCCGAUCUUCUCCGCGAUAUGUCACAAAUCACCGUGUUCCAAGAUUGCGUCGACACCCAAUUCGCAGCAUCAGUAUUGAUUCACGGUCUAGCCGCACUGAUCAACGAGUAUCACCGGCUGAAGUUCAUCUCUACCAAUAACUCCAAACACUGGCAUGCGCUCGUGACAAACUCUCGUCAACAAGAGCUUGAUCAAGCUUUGCAGCAUUUCAAAAUGGUCUGCUCUGAACUGCGUGGAGAGUGCCGACCUGAGAUCAUGCUUGUAUGUGAAGUUGUAUCUAUGCUUUUGCACAUGUCUCUGGAAGAGCUUCAACUCUUUGCCGGCAAGGAAGACAAACAAGAAGCUCGGCGGGUCUACCAUUCUGCACUGGAGUGGAUUGCCAGUUCUGAUUCUCGAAGAGCGGUAUGGCAUGCUGGCCAGGUCAUCCGCGCUGCGAGAAGUAUGCCCCCAGGGUCCUUGACAAGAUUCUUGGCCAUUGGAGUGUACUACGCUGGUCUUGCAUUUUGGUCUUAUAGUGUUGUUUCCAAGGCGAACACGGCUCGACUCACGGGAAGCCCCAAUAUCCCGCUAUCAAACGCUGGCCCGACAGUCCUCCUUGAUGGUGAUGACAUACCUGAUGUCUCCAAGUUUGUCACACUAGGCUGUGGCUCCCCUGCCCUACAGGGCCCGGGUGGAGCCGCCUAUUUGGUUGACCCAGGGACUACAAUGGAUGUUGUACAAAGAAUCCUUCGCGUUGAGAAUUCCGAGAGAACUCCCCCAUUGGUUCAGAUGCUGGCUCAGUUGAUGGGGGAUUUGGGGCACUGCGUGCGCGGUGGUUAA